AGCGCGAGACACAUCAUUACAAAAGGCGCAUGCACAAGAAACAGACCCGUUGCAUUUGUACACCUGUAUUACUAUCUCGCUUUAUAAUAACCCCGCGCGAGGGAAUAUAUCUUAGGAUCUCUGCGUAUGCAGCUCAGACAGAAGCUUGACUGUUCAAUCGUGAUACCCUCUUCUUCCUCGGGAGGCAUAUGUAUUUGGUAUCGCCGUUUCUUCCAGUAAGCACCAAUGCAUGCAUGCACCCGCCUCCCUGCGCUCUCAAAUAGAUGGUGCAAGUAAAGAUGUCCAAAUCUUCCGCAGACCCUCUGUCUGGUGUACAAAGCGCUUCUCAGUCGCACUAUUUUCAGCUACCACGAAAGCUGCCGAAGCGCAAGGGUCGUUUUAAACGCUCAGAUGGCAGCACCUCGUCUGACACCACCUCCAGCUUCAUCAAACGACAGGGUUCAGCCGAUUCGUACACGAGCAGACCUUCGGAUUCCGACCUGUCAGCGGAGGAGGACCGCGAGGCGUAUCGGCGUGAAGCCGAACGCCAGGCCCAGCUGCAGCUCGAGAGAGCCAAGUCCAAACCUGUAGCGUUCGCAGUGAAGACGAAUGUGAAUUAUUGCGGGGCUCUAGAUGAGGACUGUCCUGUUCAGGGUGCUGCCAUAAACUUUGAAGCCAAAGACUUUCUGCACAUUAAAGAGAAGUACAAUAAUGACUGGUGGAUUGGAAGGCUGGUGAAAGAGGGGGCAGACAUCAGCUUCAUUCCCAGCCCCCUGCGACUGGAGGCCAUGAGACUCAAACAGGAGCAAAAACAACAGAGGAAAAGUGGUAACUCCUCCUCAAGCCUGGGAGACAUGGUAUCAGGAGGUUGGAGAUCCACGCCACCAUCUGCAGGUGAGACCAAACAGAAGCUAAAGCAGACUGAACACAUUCCUCCAUAUGAUGUGGUGCCGUCCAUGAGGCCUGUGGUUCUGGUUGGGCCUUCACUGAAGGGCUAUGAGGUGACAGAUAUGAUGCAGAAAGCCCUGUUUGACUUUCUCAAACAUCGCUUUGAUGGACGGAUUUCUAUAACCCGGGUGACCGCUGACCUUUCUUUGGCCAAGAGAUCGGUUCUCAACAAGAGACCCAUCAUGGAGAGGUCUAACACACGAACCAGUUUGGCGGAGGUACAAAGUGAAAUCGAGAGAAUAUUUGAGCUGGCCAAAACUCUUCAGUUGGUGAUUCUAGAUGCGGACACCAUUAACCAUCCAGCGCAACUAGCUAAAACCUCGUUAGCUCCUAUUAUUGUGUACGUCAAGGUCACCUCUCCAAAGGUCCUACAGCGAUUGAUAAAGUCGAGGGGUAAAUCACAAAGCAAACACCUCAAUGUUCAGAUGAUGGCAGCAGAUAAACUGACUCAAUGUCCUCCUGAGAUGUUUGAUGUCAUUUUGGAUGAGAACCAGUUGGAGGACGCCUGUGAGCACCUCGCUGAAUAUCUGGAGGUCUACUGGCGUGCCACUCAUCUGCCUGGCACCGCCCCUCUCAACCCUCUAUUGGAGCAAAAUCUGAUGACCCCACCAGCAAUCUCCAGUCUACAGAACCAGCAGCUGUCGCCUGCCGGGGGUGGAGGGGGAGUGGAGGAGGAGGAGCAAGGGGAGCAGGACAGCCUCAUGCCCUCCGACGAGGCCAGUGACUCUCGCUCCCUCCGUCGAGGCGGCUCUAGCUCCCUGCACCCCCUGGAGGACGAGGAAGAAGAGGAGGAGGAGGAGGAGGAGGAGGAAGAGGAGGAAGAUGAUUACGAACCCCACUGCCACCCUCACCCGUACCGGGAUGUGUAUCCGCCCAACCGUAACCACCCUGGUGGAAUCCACAGCGCUAACGGACACGAGUCACAGGACCGACUCCUGCAGCAGCGAGACUCGCAGGACGGACACAACCAACGAAACAACCGCCAGCGCACGAGAGCCUGGCCAAGAGACAACUACUGACCGCCUGUCUGCAGGAGUCUGGAGGGGAGAGUUGGGUUGUAAAUUGGGGUGAGGGGUGAUGGGAAUUGGUGAGGAGCAGGAAACGCACAGUGUGUGUGUGUGUCUAUGCGUGUUUGUGGAUGAAGCUGCCCAUGGUUGAUGAAAAGACCCUGUUGUUUUCUAAGCUUAUGUGGCUGUUAUUGUUUGAGGCAUUGCACUACAUUUGCUUUUAAAAGACAGGGCAGCUUUUCUCCUUUAUGAUCACAUGCAUGUUCAUAUCGAAACAACAUUUGAGCUUCCUCUGAAACCCCACCCAAGUCAGUUUUUUUAUUUAUUUUUUUAAUAAACUUUAUUAUUUUGCGUAUUAUACGCUCUCCCUGAUCCUAAUGAGCACAGAAGGCAUUAUGGGAAAAGGAAAAGCACUUUCAUAGCAUGGGAUGUGAGUCACAAUGAAAGAUAUUGUAGCAUUUUGUUGCAUCUUACUUUAAUGGCUUCUUUUUUGCUAGCGCUCUUGUAAAUGUGAGUAUUACUCACGAUUUUUUGGUUCAAGCCCUCAGUCAUGGUGUUGCCUGAUUGGAGCCCAUAUGCACUUGUCUUAUUAUGAGUUGUUUAUUGGUCCUCCUCUGGACAUCAUUCAGUCAACUGACAUUAGUCAUUUUCGCAGUCACGUUCACUGAUGUAGCAAACAUUGCCAUUUGCAAAGCACCAUGUAAAUACGGUGUAUGUAGGAAAGGAAUUCAGGGUUACGCUCUGCUGUCGUAGAGUGAAAUAUUAUUUGGACUAUAGUCUUGGUUUGCACAUGAGGUGAAUUCCAACUCCAGAAUGAAGAGAAGCAGUCGAUCUUCCUACAUUUCCGUACUGCUGCAUAAAGAAAGAACCUAAUUAGGUCAGUGUCACUGGUUUCUUUUUCUGGGAAAUGAGAAGGACUGAAAACUGAAGUUAUUUUAUCAUCCAACAUCAUUAUGGAUCAUGGAUGGUUAUUUUACCAUCCAAUUAGUACCCAUAUAUUGGAUUUUUAUAGAAGUAGAUGAAGCUCAGAUUUGACGUCCGUUUUGGGAUAGUCAUGUUGUUCCUCUGUGACUUGAUCGAGUUGAAAGUUGGUCUAGGCUCAUAUAUUAUACAUUUGCAAGUAAUUUAUUUGUUGACCUUAUCAGAGAGAACAGCCAGUCACCUUAAGGCAUCUUGGUCUGUUUUUGAACUUGCAUGCACAUUAGCUAGACUAACUUGAUAUAUAAAGCUAAAGAAGCUAAAUUUAGAUUUUUGUAUCAUUGUUUCUGGGUGAUUUUAACAUUUUUUGAAUGGUUGGCAAACAGUUUUGGCGGUCUCCCUAUUAAAGUAGAUAGGAGUUGUACUUGCAUGACUGAAAACUAGCAUUACCAAAAUGGCCACUGAAUAAACUGCCUCAGAAGGAAUUUGUCUUUACCAAGAAGAAAGUUUCUCUAACAAGUGAGUGAUCUUCCUCUGUCCUCCAUUUCUCGCCACUCUUUCCUCUCCGAAGCUCUGGGCGUCUAAGGGGGCGGUUACCGUGGCCUACUUAAAAACAUAACGGCACAUCUUGCUUUGGCGACACGUUGACUGCUAGCUAGUUUAAUUACCUUAUUGGUGGUUACAUUAGCAUAUAUCAACCAGGUUGUGUUAUGACCAAAUCCAAGGAAGUUUGUCCCUUUUCUCAUUACCAUGACUCUAGACUCGGAUGUUACCUGUAGCAGCUUAGGCUAAGGUUUAUCCAGUGUAGGACCAUUCAAACUGGCCUUAAUACUUAUAUCUUUACCACUGCAUGUCUCAAAUACAAUUAUUUAGGACUAUUUGCACAUUAGGAUUGGAACAGGACCUUUAGAACAUUUUAAGUAUAUUAGAAAAUGUAAUCUAAUCCGUUUUUUGUUUUUAAUUUAAAAUCUGCAACAGAAUAUUAUUAACGUAUCUAAGAAUAGCUAGUGUAUAUAUAUAUAUUGAAUGAAAUUUCACCAGAUCCUGAAUAUAAUUCUUUAAAUAUGUUACUUUACUUUGUAUUUAUGGAUCUGUAUCGUUUUUAAGAAAUGUUGCGAUGUUUACAAAGUCAGGAUUGCUCUCACUCAGAGAUCGUUGACGUGAGACGCUUUAAAAUAUAUGUAACGUCAGUUGUUGUACGGUUAUGUAAAGUCACAUAAAGUUGCAGUACACUCUCAUGUAGCGCUGUAGGUGUUGGUUUGGUUCUUUUGGAAGAAAACGUAGUUAAAACAUCUAAGUAUUAUUAAUUGUUGUGAUGGCCUCUAGAUUUCAGUGCAUAUCCAAAAAUCGCAAAUCCUUAUUUUUCUUCAAAAUUACUCUUUCCAAUUUAAUGCCAUGUUUAUACAUAGGACGUGUAUUUAAGUAUGAUUUCACGUAGACUACACAGGUCCUUCCAAACAUGCACAGAGACUUGAGUGAAUGUAUAGUUGCAUGCCUUAACACCUCUAGUCCUAAGCACUAAUGUAUUGUCCUCCAGAGGAACAGUGCUAAACUGACUGUCCCUCAGUUGAUUGUGUUGCAUUGAUUGUACUGGAUCCGUACACUCCCAGAAUGCACUUUCAGAAACAUCCACCCUCAUUUUAGAUUGUAAAGACUUGUCUUAUUGACCAAAAUUGAUGCCUGAUAUGAAGAUUGAGCCAUCAGUGUGUCCAGCGUAGUAUUAGGACAACAUCACUACUGUAGUAUGUUAGCAUCUUAGCUUAAUGCUGGAGGGUUUUUAUGUAUAUACCGGAAAUACACUGAAAUCCAAACAGGGAAAACAACACUUGGUAAUGGCUACUACAAGCCUGAAACAUACUCUACUCAUACGUGAACGCAAGUUUCAUUGCUUCAAAAUGUGUCAGAUCGCAGUUCUCUUUAAACUGUUGCUCUGCCAUGACAGUCACUGAUGUGAUAGAGAAGAUGCAGUGUAUGCUAUAGUGCCCCUUGUGGCAAUACUGAGAAUGUAAUACCAAUUACACAGUUAUAAGCAUUUGUGUUUGCAUACAAUAAUGUAUGUAGACUAUGUUUCAGAACUAAAAGAGCCUUUCCGUGUCAGAUCAAAGAAAUCACCCAAUUACCUGUUAACAACCCACAUUGUGCGUUGAUCUCAGGUAAUUAGACAAGUCACUGUAUCUUCGCAGCUCUUGCCUUUCUAACAUAAGUUCAAAUUGAUGUAGAUUGUGUCACGGCUCUGGACACUGUGUUUACAGCACCGAUCUUAAAGUAGAACUUUGCAUCGGCCAUUUAGAGGCUCAUGGGAAAUGUACAUGUUCUAGGGUGUGUAAGUCAGGGUAAAAGUCCACUAAGAAAUGCCUUGACCAGUCCUCUCUUUUAGUGUACUGCAUCUUUAUUUGCUAUCAACAUGUCUCACUUUAAUCUAUUGUUCUAUAUUUAAAAAAAAAAAAAAAAAAAAACCAAAAAUAAAA